AUGGCAAGUUUAAGAAGUAAAGGAGAAAUUGUCUUAGCAACUGCAUCAUCUGGUAUAGCUGCAACAUUGUUACCCGAUGGUAGGACUGCACACUCUCGAUUUAAGAUACCUAUUGAUAUUCAACCGAGUUCCAUUUGUGGUAUUGAAAAGCAAAAGGAUCUUGCAAAUCUCAUUAGAGUUGCUGCCGCAAUAAUUUGGGAUGAAGCACCAAUGACAAACAAAAAUUGUUUGGAAGCCUUAGAUCGAUCAUUACAAGACAUUUGUAGCAACAGUGCUCCAUUUGGUGGAAAAAUUUUGCAUUUGCGUCAAAAUAUGCGAUCAUUGCAUGAUCAAGAGUUUGCAGAAUUUCUUAUUCGCAUUGGUGAUGGUGUCGAACCUACCAAACCAGAUGACAUGGUGAGGUUACCUUUACAUAUUGCAAUCCCAUGGGAAGGUGAACAUUCCAUACAAGUACUUAUCCAACAUAUUUUUCCUGAUCUAGAAUUGCAUGGUUGGGAUGCCCCAUAUAUGGUACAAAGAGCUAUUUUGACACCAACAAAUGAUGAUGUCCAGAAAUUGAAUGAUAUGAUUAUCGAUCAGUUUCCAGGAGAAGAACAUAAUUUGUUAUCGUUUGACGAGGUUGAAGGAGAUAAUCAUAAUUUAUACCAGCAAGAAUUCUUAAACUCAAUUGCACAAGGAAUCAACGCAGGAAAACGUGCUUUUUUGCCUAGAAUUAAAAUAAAAACAUCUGCAAGUGAUGGACUGCCUUUUGUCCUUAGUAGAAAGCAGUUUCCUGUGCGACUAAGUUUUGCAAUUACAAUAAAUAAAUCACAAGGACAAACCAUUCCAAAUGUUGGAAUAUAUCUUCCACGACAUGUUUUUAGUCACGGACAGUUAUAUGUGGCUUUAUCCAGGGGUGUUUCACAGACUACAACAAGAGUUUUAACCAGGGAAGGAAAAUUGAAAGGAGAAGAUGCCAAACUAGAACACGAUGAAAUCUUCCAAUUAUGUAGGGAGUUGAGACGAAAGAAUGUUGAAACUUGCUUCGACAUGAAAAUAACAGACUUUGAAGAUAAAUGGAACACGUGGAAGGAUGAACAAAGUAUUUCAUCCAUCGGCAAACUCGACAAUAAGAUAAAUCCAGGUAAUUCAGAAACAAGUCAUAAUUGUUGUUCUACGAAAUCUAGACUAAAACAAAGUAUCUCCAUUCUCCAGUUUUUUAAAUCUCAAGAGCGCAUUGAUAAAGGGAUGUACGAAGAAUUGAUUCGAAUCUUUAUAAGGGAAAAAGAAAAUACUUCGAAUAGAGAUUUCAUGUUCGGCAUUCCUCUUAAAGAACGUCAUUGA